CCUACCCACCUCACCUCAAACAAUCGCGUUGUUCCUCCUAGCUCAAGCUCGAGCUUCAGCAGUCGCGAUCUGGCUUCUGUUUUUUUCCGCAUUUGUCCCAAACAACCAACCAAUUCAGAAAUCAUGGAUCGCAGUCUAGACGAGAUUGUCGCCGAGAAUCAGCGAAAACGAGGCCGCGGCCGCGGACCUCGACGAGGCGGAGGCGGCAGAGAUGGCGGUGGCGGUGGAGGACGACCUCGAGAACGCGAGUCGUUUCCCCGCGACGGUGUAAGAAAGUCAACCAGAGAAGACUUGCGAGGCAUGGAUUCGGAAUGGGUCCACGAUAGGUUCGAGGACAACUCCGGUCAUGGCCGAUCUCGUCAACCGCGCCGACGCUCCCCGCCGGCAUCAUACGAGACCCGCGGCACCAAGGUCAAGGUCGACAACCUACACUACGAACUUACCCAAGAAGAUCUCGAGGGACUGUUCAGUAAGAUUGGACCGGUCGUGAAGCUCGAGCUCGUCUACGACCGUGCCGGAAGAUCAGACGGCACUGCGUUCGUCACCUAUGAUCGCUAUGAGGAUGCAAAGGAGGCAGUACGCGAAUUUGAUGGCGCAAAUGCCAAGGGACAACCCAUUCGUUUGGCGUUAAUGCCGUCCGCCCCCAGACGCAACGCCUUCGACACGGCGCAUAUGCCUGGCAGGCCGCUUGCGGAUAGGAUCACGGUACCUUCGGGCCGAUCGCGCUCGCUGUCACCCAAUCGAUAUGCGGACAACGACCGAAACAUCGAUCGUUAUGUGCCUGGUGGCGGAAGACGCUCGCGCAGUCCCCUGCCGAGAAGACGUGGUGGGGGGAGACGGCCCGGGGCCAGGCGGGAAGGAGGCGCACACAGUGGACAGAAUGAAGAGCGAAAGGGACGCGAAGGUCGGCCCAAGAAGACUCAAGAGGAAUUGGACGCUGAGAUGGCCGACUACUUUGCCCCGGGCGGC